ACCGGAAAUGUGACACAAGAGCAACAGGGUCUCCUCAUACACUCUGCAGGAGCAGUCAGUGUCCUCAAUUCUUCUUUGAUCACUGGCGGUUGGUGAGUGUCUCUGUCAGAGUUUAAAGAAAUCAUCGUCAAGUCGGAGGAAGAGAUGGAUAAUCAGCGCAGACUGCUUGAUUUYUCCCGGACUCCCCAGAUAAUCUUACACCGGAUAGAUUCCCUGCAGUGCAGCGUUCAUCACAAGGAGAGGAGAUCCACUCUGGACCAGGAGGAGUUAAAACCUCUGAAGGGAAAACAAGACCAGGAAGAGCCAGAAGAUCAUCAGAUAAAAGAAGAGCAGGAAGAUCUAAAACACCAGCAGAUAAAAGUGGAAGAGAAAGAAGUUUACUGCAGUCAGGGUGAAGAACGGAUUGAAUUAAAACRGGAGACUGAUACCUGCAUGGUGUUUCCUGCUGAUGAGCAAACAUACCAAACUGAAUCAGAACCAAACGGGAACCAAGACAUCUUCCAGGAACCUGCUGAAGCUGAGGACCAAAAUCAGGAAAGAAGCAAACGUUUCUCAUGUGUCAUUUGUAAAAAAGGUUUUGCUGGCAAAUAUGCUCUCAAUAAUCAUAUUAGAACUCACACUGGUGAAAAGCCGUUUUCAUGUGUGAACUGUGGAAAAAGUUUUAGUCAAAAACGGCUAUUAACUCGGCACAUGAUGAUUCACACUGGUGAAAAGCCGUUUUCAUGUGUGAACUGUGGAAAAUGUUUUAGUCAAAAACGGAAUUUAAUGCGGCACAUGAAGAUUCACAGUGGUGAAAAGCCGUUUUCAUGUGGAAGCUGUGGAAAAAGUUUUAGUCACAAAGAUAAUUUAACUCGGCACAUAAGGAUUCAUACUGGUGAAAAGCCGUUUUCAUGUGGGAAAUGUGGAAAAGGUUUUCGUUGUAAAGAGCAUUUAACUUGGCACAUGAUGAGUCACACUGGUGAAAAGCCGUUUUCAUGUGUGACCUGUGGAAAACGUUUUAUUCAAAAACGGCUAUUAACUCAGCACAUGAUGAUUCACACUGUUGAAAAGCCGUUUUCAUGUGGCAUCUGUGGAAAAAGAUUUGGUCACAAACAUGUAUUAACUCGGCAUAUGAUGAUUCACACUCGUGAAAAGCCGUUUUCAUCACAAAUAUUGACAAUCCAGACCAUGGCAGAGCAGCACAGUGCCAGCGCUUAUCCGACAGAGAUCCAACUGCACACAACAACGGACCUGACACUCAUAGCUCGCCGGGCACACCCGGUGCCUAUAAGCACCAAUGAGUCCGACAAUGCUGUGACCCGGAAGUGA